UUUUAUACUUGUAAAAAAAUCAGCCCUGUCCCUGGAAGCAAAGUUGAAAAGAGGCCGUUUGGAUCCCCUUACGAGUUCACCUACCACGAUUCUGGAGCUUACACACAGAUGGAUGAUGUAAUCGAUGACAUCAUUAGCUUGGAGUCUAGCUAUAAUGAAGAAAUUCUCAUGAUGGAUCCUGCUAUGCAAAUGGCAAACACGUUGCCAGUGUCUGCAAAUUUGAUUGACAUAUAUGCAAAUCAAGGUAUGCCUGCUCCUGGGGUAAACAGUAAUUCUUGCCCUGCUAAUCUUCCAAAUAUCAAAAGGGAGCUUACAGAGUCAGAAGCAAGAGCGCUGGCCAAGGAAAGACAGAAGAAGGACAAUCACAAUCUAAUUGAACGAAGACGAAGAUUUAACAUCAACGAUCGUAUAAAAGAAUUAGGAACUUUAAUACCCAAGUCAAAUGACCCGGAUAUGAGGUGGAACAAGGGAACCAUUCUGAAAGCCUCUGUGGAUUAUAUACGCAAACUUCAGAGAGAGCAGCAGAGAUCGAAGGAGCUCGAGAACAAACAGAAGAAGCUUGAACACGCCAACAGACACCUGCUGCUUAGAAUACAGGAACUGGAGAUGCAAGCCAGAGCCCAUGGACUCUCCAUCAUGCCUUCCACAGGUCUUUGUUCUUCUGAUCUGGUAAAUCGAGUCAUCAAGCAGGAACCAAUGUUGGACAGCUGCAACCAGGAGGUUUUGCAAAACCAUCACGAUAUGUCCGGCACCAGCACCCUGGAUCUCACCGACGGUACCAUCACCUUUAGCAACAACCUUAGGAACAUUAACGACUCCCCCACCACCUACAGCAUGCCCGCAAAGAUGGGCUCCAAACUGGAAGAUAUAUUCAUGGACGAUACCCUUUCCCCAAGAGUACACGACACACUUCAUUCAGUAUCUCCGGGUGCCUCCAAAACAAACAGCAGAAGGAGCAGCAUAAGCAUGGAAGAAAAUGACCAUCACUGUUAG